AGACACAAGCGAGAGGAUCAUGGCGGAUGGCCCCAGGUGUAAGCGCAGAAAGCAGGCGAACCCGCGGCGCAAUAACGUUUCAGUUUAAAUUCUCAACUGGCAAUUGGCCGAAAACUCCCAUCUGAAGACGUGAGCAUCCAAAUGUCCUUUUGUGAUUUGGCUACUGUCUGCUUGACAUAGGAAGGCCCUGUCAAGAGAAACUAAUGGAGUGACUAUCAAAAGAAAAUCAAUGGAAAAUCUUAAACUUCCACCAAAGAAGAUUAAAAAGAGGUCCCUCCUGCACCAAGAAAGAUCUGCAGAUCUUUUUCAGUGUUCUUGGAGGUGUGGGGUGUGAGAACUUGAUCAGUGUGUGUGAGCCACCUUGUUCUCUAAAGUUACAAAUUAUAAUACUGUGGUAGAAACAAAUUCAGAUUCAGAUGAUGAAGACAAACUCCAUAUUGUGGAAGAAGACAGUAUUACAGAUGCAGCAGAUUGUGAAGGUGGUGUGCCAGAAGAUGACCUGCCAACAGACCAGACAGUGUUACCGGGGAGCAGUGAAAGAGAAGGGAAUGCUAAAAGCUGCUGGGAGGGUGAUGCAGGAAAGGAAGGACAAGAAAUCCUGGGGCCUGAAGCUCAGGCAGGUGAAGCGGGAUGUACAGUAAAAGAUGAUGAAUGUGACUCAGAUGCAGAAAAUGAACAAAACCAUGAUCCUAAUGUUGAAGAGUUCCUACAACAACAAGACACUGCUGUCAUUUACCCUGAGGCACCCGAAGAGGACCAGAGGCAGGGCACACCAGAAGCCAGUGGUCAUGAUGAAAAUGGAACACCAGAUGCAUUUUCCCAGUUACUCACCUGCCCAUAUUGCGAUAGAGGCUAUAAACGCUUUACCUCUCUGAAAGAACACAUUAAAUAUCGCCAUGAAAAGAAUGAAGAUAACUUUAGUUGCUCCCUGUGCAGUUACACCUUUGCAUACAGAACCCAACUUGAACGUCACAUGACAUCACAUAAAUCAGGAAGAGAUCAAAGACAUGUGACGCAGUCUGGGGGUAAUCGCAAAUUCAAGUGCACUGAAUGUGGAAAAGCUUUCAAAUACAAACACCAUCUAAAAGAGCACUUAAGAAUCCACAGUGGAGAGAAGCCAUAUGAAUGCCCAAACUGCAAGAAACGUUUUUCCCAUUCUGGUUCCUAUAGCUCACAUAUAAGCAGUAAGAAGUGUAUCAGCUUGAUGCCUGUGAACGGGCGGCCAAGAACGGGACUCAAGACGUCUCAGUGUUCCUCACCAUCUCUCUCGGCAUCACCAGGCAGUCCCACACGACCACAGAUACGGCAAAAGAUAGAGAAUAAGCCCCUUCAAGAACAACUGUCUGUAAACCAAAUUAAAACUGAACCUGUGGAUUAUGAAUUCAAGCCCAUAGUGGUUGCUUCAGGAAUCAACUGUUCAACCCCUUUACAAAAUGGGGUUUUUAGUGGUGGUGGCCCAUUACAGGCAACCAGUUCUCCUCAGGGUGUGGUGCAAGCUGUUGUUCUGCCAACAGUUGGUUUGGUGUCUCCCAUAAGUAUCAAUUUAAGUGAUAUUCAGAAUGUACUUAAAGUGGCAGUAGAUGGUAAUGUAAUAAGGCAAGUUUUGGAGAAUAAUCAAGCCAAUCUUGCAUCCAAAGAACAAGAAACAAUCAGUGCUUCAUCCAUACAGCAAGGUGGCCAUUCUGUUAUUUCAGCCAUCAGUCUUCCUUUAGUUGAUCAAGAUGGAACAACCAAAAUUAUCAUUAACUACAGCCUUGAGCAGCCUAGCCAACUUCAGGUUGUUCCUCAAAAUUUAAAAAAAGAAAAUCCAGUCCCCACAAACAGUUGCAAAAGUGAAAAGUUACCAGAAGAUCUUACUGUUAAAUCUGAAAAGGACAAAAGCUUUGAAGGAGUGAAUGAUAGCACUUGCCUUCUGUGUGACGAUUGUCCAGGAGAUGUUAAUGCACUUCCAGAAUUAAAGCACUAUGACCUGAAGCAGCCUGCUCAGCCUCCUCCACUCCCUGCACCAGAAGCUGAGAAGCCCGAGGCCUCUGUUUCCUCGGGUUCUGGAGAUGGCAGUUUGUCUCCCAGUCAGCCACCUUUAAAGAACCUCUUGUCCCUUCUGAAAGCAUAUUACGCUUUGAAUGCACAACCGAGUGCAGAAGAGCUCUCAAAGAUUGCUGAUUCAGUAAACCUACCGCUGGACGUAGUCAACAAGUGGUUUGCAAAGAUGCAAGCUGGACAGAUUUCAGUGCAGUCCUCUGAACCCUCUUCUCCUGAACCAGGCGGAGGAAAUAGCCCUGCAGAGAAGGACGAUCAGCCUCAAUCUACAAGUGCAGAUGGAUCCCAGGGCAGCACAGUAAAUCUACAAAGUCCUCUGAAGAUAACUAGCUCUCCCGUUUUACCAGUGGGAUCCACCAUCAGUGGUUCCAGAAGUAGUACGUCAUCCCCAUCACCUCUAAACCUUUCCUCAUCCAGAAAUGCACAGGGUUACCUGUACACAGCAGAAGGUGCACAGGAAGAGCCACAAGUAGAACCUCUUGAUCUUUCACUACCAAAGCAACAGGGAGAAUUAUUGGAAAGGUCAACUAUCACUAGUGUUUACCAGAACAGUGUUUAUUCUGUCCAGGAAGAACCCUUGAACUUGUCUUGUGCAAAAAAGGAGCCACAAAAGGACAGUUGUGUUACAGACUCAGAACCAGUUGUAAAUGUAAUCCCACCAAGUGCCAACCCCAUAAAUAUUGCUAUACCUACAGUCACUGCCCAGUUACCCACAAUCGUGGCCAUUGCUGACCAGAACAGUGUUCCAUGCUUGCGAGCACUAGCUGCCAAUAAGCAGACUAUUCUGAUUCCCCAAGUGGCUUACACAUACUCGACUACCGUCAGCCCUGCAGUCCAGGAACCACCCUUGAAAGUGAUCCAGCCAAAUGGAAAUCAGGAUGAAAGGCAAGACACUAGCUCAGAAGGAGUAUCAAACGUAGAGGAUCAGAAUGACUCUGAUUCUACACCGCCCAAAAAGAAAAUGCGAAAGACGGAAAACGGAAUGUAUGCGUGUGAUUUGUGUGAUAAGAUAUUCCAAAAGAGUAGCUCCUUAUUGAGACAUAAAUAUGAACACACAGGUAAAAGACCUCACGAGUGUGGAAUCUGUAAAAAGGCAUUUAAACACAAACAUCAUUUGAUUGAACACAUGCGAUUACAUUCUGGAGAAAAGCCCUAUCAAUGUGACAAAUGUGGAAAGCGUUUCUCACACUCGGGGUCUUAUUCUCAACACAUGAAUCAUCGCUACUCCUAUUGCAAGAGAGAAGCAGAAGAACGAGACGGCCCGGAGCAGGAGGAGGCAGGAGCGGAAGUCCUGACGAGUGAGCACGGAGGCGCUAGGGCCUCUCCCUCGCAGGGCGACUCUGAUGAGAGAGAGAGUUUGACGAGGGAAGAGGAUGAAGACAGUGAAAAAGAGGAGGAGGAGGAGGAGGAUAAAGAGAUGGGAGAACUGCGAGAAGAAAAAGAAUGUGAAAAACCACAAGGGGAUGAGGAAGAGGAGGAGGAGGAGGAAGAGGCGGAGGAAGAAGAGCUGGAAGAGGCCGAGAAUGAGGGAGAAGGAGCAAAAACUGAGGGUCCGAUGAGGGAGGAUGGAGCUGUAAACCAAGCCAGCGGCUUAGAACACAAAGGAAGCGAGAAUAGGGAGCAGGUGUCUGAAGAAAAAACAAAUGAAGCCUAAUCGUUUUUCUAGAAGGAAAAGAAAUUCUAAUUGGUAAUGAAGUUUGUUCUAUAUUAUACAUGCUUUUCAUGGAAACACAGUAACCUGUAUACUGUGAUUUCUGUUCACUACUGUGUAAAGUAAAAAUUUAAAAAAAUAUAAAAUACAAAAAAAAAAAAAACAAAACCACACAAAAAAAAAUCCAGGUGUGCCUGAACCUCAGACCCAGUAAUUUUUCAUGCAUUUUUCAAAGUUAGGAAAAGUUUGUAACAUGAAGCAGAUUAGAAAACUUUAAUGACUCAGAAAGCAAAGAUUUAACAGGUUAAAGGAAAAUGAUAAAUUAGAUAAGCAUCUGGCAUUGUUUCAUUUUAUCAGUAUUAAUUAUCACUUUUAUGUUGGUUUAUUCUUAAGCUGUACAAUUGGGAGAAAUUUUAUAUUUUUUAUUGGUAAACAUAUGCUAAAUCCGCUUCAGUAUUUUAUUAUGUUUUUUAAAAUGUGAGAACUUCUGCACUACAAAAUUCCCUUCACAGACAAGUAUAAUGCAGUUCCAAACCACGCUACCUUUUAUAAAUUCAGUCUAGAAGGUAGUAAUUUCUAAUCUUUAGAUGUCAUAGUAGAGCAUAUUAUCAUUUAAAGUGUAUUGUUAGCCUUAAGAAAGCAGCUGAUAGAAGAACUGAAGUUUCUUACUCAUGUGGUUUAAAAUGAAGUUCACGAGAUUGUCGAGCUCUCAUUGCAGGGACUCACAGUGCUCAUGCUGGCGAGGACAGCGGAGUCGUCAGAAUCAGUGUUUGUAAUUGUGUUUGAGUACGUGGUAACAAAUAUGAAGGAUAUGACACGAAGCUUUGUAUCCCUUGGGCCUUAAGCAAGACCUGUGUGCUGUAAGUGCCAUUUAUCAGUAUUUUCAAGGCUCUAGCCCGCCUUCGUUCAGUGUAUGGCCUACAAUAACUAGCAUUUGUUGAUUUGUUUGUUGUAUUAAAAUUCCAAAAUAAAACUUCAAACCACUGACUCUGUCAGAGAAACCGAAACACUGGGACGUUUCAUCCUGUAUUUCCUCAGUAUUCAUUUUGUGUUCAUUGACUUUCAGAAUUUCUCUACAGAAAUGAAAGGGAAAUUUUCUAAUCUGCUUUAUCCAUGUACUUGCAUUUCACACAUGGACACGCCAUUGUUAUUUGGCUCAUAACUGUUUCCAAAUGUUAGUUAUUAUGGACCCAGUUUAUUAACAUUAGCUGAUUUUUACCUAUCAGUAUUAUUUUAUUUCUUUUAGUUUAUAGAUCUGUGCAACAUUUUUGUACUGUAUGUCUUCAAACCUGGCAGUAUUAAUACCCUUCUUACUGACAUAUGUACUUUUAGUUUUAGAAAACUUUUAUAUUUAUGUGUCUUAUUUUUAUAUUUCUUUAUUUAUUACACGGUGUAGUGUAUAAUACUGUAGUUUGUAUUAAUACAAUAAUAUAUUUUAGUAUGAAAAUUUGGAAAGUUGAUAAGAUUUAAAGUAGAGAUGCAAUUGGUUCUCUUGCAUUGAGAUUUGAUUUAACAGUGUUACGUUAACAUUUAUACUUGCCUUGGACUGUAGAACAGAAUUUAAAUGGGAAUGUAUUAGUUUUACAACUACAAUCAAGUCAUUUUACCUUUACCCAGUUUUUAAUAUAAAACUCUUAAAUUUUGAAAUUCACUGUGUGACUAAUAGCAUGAUGCUCUGCAGUUUUAUUAAGAGAUUAGCCUAACCAUAAAACCCUCAUUUCCUUAGUAAGCCAAAUUAGGAUAACCUUAUAUAAACAGUGUUGGGAACAACGUUUAACAUUUUGUGCCAAUUUGUUCCUGUAUUCAUGUAUGUAAGUUACAAAUCUGACUCUUCAUUUUUAAGUUCCUUGUUACACCAUGGUCAUUUUCUAGUUUUUUACCAGACGCCCCCAUCUCACAAUAAAAUGCAUCAACAAGCCUGACCUGCUGUCAUUCUUUUAAUCACUAUCAAGAUUUUCUUUGGAAAACUCUCUGUGAAAUGGGAUAUUACGCUGUAAUCCUGCACUUGAUUUAUCUUGGGCUGAGUUUGGGUAACGAACUAAAUGUUUUAGGCAUUCAUCACUAAAUUUUGGAUUUUCUUGUGGCUAAACAUUUCUAGGAAGGUCAGAGUUGACAACUACAGGCCUCCUCAGAGGUCGCUCCUUCUUCCUGAAACCCCUAACCCCCCACUCUUGACCCCAUGACUUCUCAUCCUCUGGGUCACUUAAGGGAAGCCUGGGUUUGAGAUGCCUUUCCUCUGCACUCCCACAGCUCCUGGGCCCUUCUCAUCCCAGCUCAUAUUCCUUUCCCACUGGGAACAGGGACCCUGUCUGCCAUAGCCGCUCUCACAUCCCCAGUGCCUAGCAGAGUGCAAGAAAAUUGUUUGAGUGAAAAUAUAACUUCCAUGUAAACAGUUAUGUUUUUACUACUCUUUUGCUUCUAAUCCCAGAAUAUAUGUGUUAAAUGAUUCCAGCAAUUUAAUAAUUUUCUUAUUCAGGUCCUAUUAAACACUAGACAUAAUAGACAAAUAGUAAAUUAUUCCUUCUUUUUCUACUACCUUA